AUGCUGCAGAUCCUGUGUCUGACACUCUGUGGCCUGCUGAUGGGCACCCAAGCUGACCCUGGGGCAGUGCUGCGGUUGGGCUUGGACAUCCUGAACUAUGAGGUCCAGAGUGCCAUGGAGGAGAGUCAUAUCCUAGAGAAGAUGGCAGCUGAGGCUGGCAAGAAGCAGCCGGGGGUGAAACCCAUCAAGGGCCUCAGCAAUAUGAAGGUCAAGGAUGUCCUGGUACCUGUCAUCACACUGAACUUUGUACCUGGAGUGGGCAUCUUCCAGUGUGUGUCCACAGGCAUGACCAUCACUGGCAAGAGCUUCACGGGAGCAAGCAUGGAGAUCAUUGUGGUCUUGAACAUCACGGCCACCAACCGGCUUCUGCAGGACAAUGAGACUGGCAUCCCCAUGUUCAAGAGUGAGGGCUGUGAGAUCACCCUGGGCAGUGUGAAGACGAACCUGCCUAGCAACAUGCUGCCCAAGGUCAUCAGAAAAUUCCUGGAUAGCACUCUGCAUAAGGUCCUUCCAGGCCUGAUGUGUCCAGCCAUUGAUGCAGUCUUGGUAUAUGUGAACAAGAAGUGGGCCAACAUGAAUGAUGCCAUGCCUGUGGGCCAGAUGGGCACCAUCAAAUAUGCCCUGACAGCCUCACCGGCCACCACAGCCAGCCAUAUCCAAGUGGACUUCAGUCCUGUGGUGCAGCCUCAGAAGGGCAAAGCCAUCCAGCUAAUGGAUGAAGGGGAAGCCCCCGAGUUUCCUGAAGGCUUGGCCGAAGGCUCAUCACAGCUGCUGCUGUCAGCCACCUUCCUCACAGCAGAGCUGGCCCUUCUACAGAAGUUCUUGAAUGCAAACAUCCAGGACAAGAUGAUUGGUGAGCUGCCUCCACAAACCACCGAGACCCUGGCCGGCUUCAUCCCGAAAGUAGCUGAGGCCUAUCCCAAGUCAAAGCCCUUGGUGACUCAGAUCAGGAUAAAGAAACCCCCCAAGGUCACCAUGGAGCCAGGCAGGAGCCUGCUGCACCUGCAUGGCACCCUGGAGAUGUUCGCUGUUCGGCGGCGGGGCAAGACUCCAGUGUCCCUCUUUCUCCUGGAGAUUCAUUUCAGUCUGAAUAUCCAGUACUCAGUGCACGAGAACAGACUGCAGAUGGCCACAUCUCUGGGCAGAUUACUGAGCCUGUCCCGGGGAUCCUCAUCAGUUGGCAAGUUCAAUGCCAAGGAAUUAACAACCUUCAUCACUGAUUACCUCCAAGAGGCCUAUAUCCCCAUGGUGAAUGAUGCUCUCCAAGUUGGAUUCCCACUCCCAGACCUUCUGGCCAUCAAUUACAACCUGGCAGAGCUGGACAUAGAAGAGAAUGCCCUGGUGCUGGAUUUGAAGCUGGAUUGA